CCUCGUCCGGCCCCGCCCCGCCACGUGACCUCCCGUCAUGCCCCGCAAGCGGCCGUUCAGCGCGAAGCGGAAGAAGCAGCAGCUCCGCGAUCGGCGCGAACGGAAGCGGGGCGACCCCCCGCUAGGGCCGGACUCGGGCCCGGGCAGCCGCAGUGGGAGCCGGGAGCGGGACAGCGAUGCGACCCCCGUCGAAACGGGAGAUGCGGCUCCUCCCCCCCGCCGUUACGACCCCGGCAGGUUCCGGCUGCAGCUCGGGGGGCCGCGGGCCGAAGCCUUGGCGCGACGCCGACGCCGGGCUCAGGAGGAGCUGCUGGAGCUGCUGCCUGAAACCGCCCUCGAGCUGGACCCAGACGCCAUUUACGGCCCCGGGCUGGAUUUCCCCCGCCGCCCCGCCUGGAACUUCGCCAUGAGCCCCGAGGAGCUCCGGGCACGUGAGGAAGACUCUUUCGGGGCCUUCCUCCGCACUCUGCGGGAGAACCAAGGCCCUGGGGAGGGUGGCAGCAGCACCGAGGGGGGGGACGUGGCCCCCUUUGAGCACAACCUGGAGACGUGGCGGCAGCUCUGGCGUGUGCUGGAGAUGUCAGACAUCAUCCUCCUCAUCACGGACGCUCGGCACCCAGCGCUGAACGUGCCGCCAGCGCUGGCCGCCCACGUGACGCGGGAGCUGGGGAAGGGGCUCAUCCUCAUCCUCAACAAAAUAGAUUUGACCCCCCCGGCCAUCGCUAUCGCCUGGAGUCACCUCCUGCGGCGCCGCUUCCCCACUGCCCGCGUUGUCCCCUUCACCUCCGCCCCCCCGGCACGGCCCCACUCCACCCGGUAGGGACCUGGGUGGGGACUGCAGCGGCGGCAGAGGCGAGGGGGCGGCUGGAGCCGGGCGGUGGGACCCCGGCAGCUGCUGGAGGCCUGCGAGAGCAUGGUGGGGGGGGAAGUGGACCUGAGCAGCUGGCGGGCGCGGCUGGAGCGGAGCGGAGGCCCGCGGGGAGGAGGGGAGGAGGAUGAAGAGGAGGCGGGACCCGGCGGGGAGGCGGGGGACGAGGAUGAGGAUGGUGACGGCUCCGCGGCGGCCCCGCGGCAGUGGGAGCGCUACCGCCAUGGGGUGCUCACCCUGGGCUGCGUUGGGUUGCCCAAUGCUGGCAAGUCGUCAGUGCUGAACGCCCUGAUUGGCCGCAGCGCCGUCAGCGUCUCCCGCGCCCCUGGCCGCACCCGUUACUUCCAGACCCAUUUUCUCACCCCCCGCCUGCGCCUCUGCGACUGCCCCGGCCUCGUCUUCCCCUCCCGCGCCCCCCCCGCCCUCCAGGUGCUGGCAGGGGUGUACCCCAUCUCGCAGCUGCAGGAGCCCUACUCGGCCGUCGGGUACUUGGCCUCCCGCCUCCCGCUGCCGGCGCUCCUCAACCUGCGCCCGCCCAGCGCCGCCGCCGGCUGGACCGCCUGGGACAUCUGCGAAGCAUGGGCAGAAAAACGAGGGUAUAAGACGGCGAAAGCGGCUCGGAAUGACGUCUACCGGGCGGCCAACGGCAUCCUGCGGCUGGCGGCCGAGGGGCGGCUCCGCCUCUGCCUGCGCCCCCCCGGCUACGCCGCCCAGAAAGAUGUGUGGGAGCAGCACCCCGAAACAGCAGCGUUGGAGGAGCUGUUGGAGCGGGGGGGGCGGGGCCUGGAUGUCCAGGGCUCCGCCCUCCCUGGGGAGGGGUCGACGGAGGAGGAGGAGGAAGAGGAGGGUGACAGUGCUGAGGAGGCGGAGUCAGGGGAGGCCACACCCCCUGCCAGCACUGCCCCCAACCCCUUUGCUCUCCUGGGAGAAGAUGAGUGCUAGCCCCGCCCCCUCAGACCACCCAAUCAGAGGCCUGGAUCCCCACCACCACACUAAUGCCAUAUAUGGAAUAAAGGGAGGUUUAUUUCUGCA